CUCGCCAUCAUGAUGCUCAAUUAAGUCUUGACCCACUUUGAAUAGGGUCCGAUGACUGCUCAUUUAUUGCUGCGCUCUUCGUAUACUUAGGCUACCACCCGAGUAUUCAUUCCUUGGCCCGUCCUCAAGCUGCUUGGUUGCCUUUCACGGCUUUUCUGAUCCUUUUUAGCGCUGCAACUGCUACACUCACACGCCCAUAGCCACAUGAAGAUGCGGCUUAUGCAUAAAAGGAACAAUCGCUGAUGUCGAAGCACGGUCGACGUUGGACAGCACCUCCAUGUUCUCUUUUUUAGCUGUAUUUUCUGCUUCCGCUGUGCUGGGAGCCACCCUUGUAUCAGCACAACUAUCCUCAAGCUGUGUUUCUGCGUUGUCCGUAGUCUCUGCGGAUCCAGAGGCUUCAAUCUGCCUCAGCCUAUCAUCGCUGAUUCCUCUGUUCGGGAACGCAGACACCUCGAUCGUAGACCCCGUCAAUACAUGGGUAUCCAGUAUUUGCGCGGUUGGAUCUUGUAGCAACGAUACCAUUGCUGCCGUAGUAGGGAACCUUACUUCGGGUUGCAGCACAGAGUUGACUACCAUUGGUUUGGACACCAGUCAGACCGAGCAAAAUGUUGUGACGGCUCAGGAAGCGUAUCCCACCGUCCGAAGGAUACUCUGUUUACAAGAUUCCGAUACAUAUUGCGUCACCGAAACGCUCAGAGGUAUCGAGAGCUCUGUCGGCACCCUCAGUGUCAAUCGCAUUGUUUCCUUGAUUGGAGCACAAUCCGGACUCAGUAGCCUCCCGAGCAAUGUUACUUGCUCGAAUUGUGCGAAAGCGGCUUACAAUAUCUUGAAAGAGGCAGACCCCGGCCUGGCCGACAACGGAACGGAAUCUAUCCAAAGUCAAUGCGGAGAGAGUUUCACUGACGGCUCUUCUCCUUCUGGGAUCACUGAAACUGCUCAGGAUGGCUCGGCAUCCAAUCAGAACAAUGGAGCUCCGACACACGCUCUGCAAAUUGUUUUGACAAUAAGCACAAGCAUUGCUAUCCUUAUGGCGACGCUUGCGUAAGUGCGGGAAAGGGGAUGCGAUGCGCAAGAGAUCCUAAUCAAUUUCGUGAACCUUUGUACUGAGGUUUUUAUAUAAAGAUGUUUGUUUGGCUGAUUAGAUCAGCAAUGGGCCA